UCACGUCUCCGUUUCUUUCUGUAGCCCUCAUUCCAGCACAGGAUCUCAGCAAUUUUUCCCUCUUUCACCCAAACACUCCAACGCACAGAGUCCUUUCUUCUCCCUCAUUUACAACUUCUUUUAAAAAGAGAACAUUUCCUAAAGAAAGGGGCUUUGCUGAAUAGAAAAGAUAUAAAACAAAAGCCACAGCAGCCAGACUUAGAGCAUGGCAUUGUCACCAGCCCCCUUUGCAUGGUGAUGCGAUUAAGGUAGAAGCAUUUUUUUUUUCUUUCAGGAAAAGCAGAUAGGGGAUUCAUCAGUUCUGAGGCUUUGUCUCUUCUGGGCUAACUGAUGGUCCUGAGCCUCGCUUUGACCUGACCAUGAUGCCCAGGACUGGCACUUUUUCUUUUUUCUCAGCAAACUGUACUACCCCAAAUCUCUUUUUGAUUUUCAAGGAAACUAGAUUCCUGCCAGAUUUUGAAUCUGGGCAAUAAAUAGACACUUUGUCCAAGGCUUCUCUUUGGAAUUAUUUCGGGAUAUUCUCUACAAGCAUCACAGAAACAGGAAUGAACCGGCAGCUAGUGAACAUUUUGACAGCCUUGUUUGCAUUUUUCUUAGAGACAAACCACUUCAGGGAAGCUUUCUGCAAAGACCAUGACUCCAGGUCUGGAAAACAUCCAUCACAGACCCUAUCUCCUUCAGAUUUCUUGGAUAAAUUAAUGGGAAGGACAUCAGGAUAUGAUGCAAGAAUCAGGCCAAAUUUUAAAGGGUCUCCUGUAAAUGUUACCUGCAACAUAUUUAUCAACAGCUUUGGGUCAAUAGCAGAAACUACAAUGGACUAUCGAGUGAACAUUUUUCUGAGACAACAGUGGAAUGAUUCACGGCUGGCAUACAGUGAGUACCCGGAUGAUUCUUUGGAUUUGGAUCCAUCUAUGUUGGAUUCCAUUUGGAAACCAGAUUUGUUCUUUGCCAAUGAGAAAGGUGCCAAUUUCCAUGAUGUCACCACUGACAACAAGUUGCUGCGGAUUUCCAAAAAUGGCAAAGUGCUUUACAGUAUAAGACUGACCUUGACUUUAUCCUGCCCCAUGGAUCUGAAGAACUUUCCAAUGGAUGUCCAGACCUGUACAAUGCAGCUGGAGAGCUUUGGGUACACCAUGAAUGACCUGAUAUUUGAAUGGUUAAGUGAUGGUCCUGUACAAGUUGCAGAAGGACUUACCCUGCCCCAGUUUAUUUUGAAAGAAGAGAAGGAGCUUGGCUACUGUACAAAGCAUUACAACACUGGCAAGUUUACCUGCAUUGAGGUCAAGUUUCACCUGGAACGCCAAAUGGGGUACUAUUUGAUCCAGAUGUACAUCCCAAGCUUAUUGAUAGUCAUUUUGUCCUGGGUCUCCUUUUGGAUAAACAUGGAUGCAGCUCCUGCCAGGGUUGCCCUUGGCAUCACAACAGUCCUGACAAUGACUACCCAGAGUUCAGGUUCCAGGGCAUCUCUGCCAAAGGUCUCCUAUGUGAAAGCGAUUGACAUCUGGAUGGCUGUGUGCCUUCUGUUUGUGUUUGCUGCCUUACUGGAAUAUGCAGCAGUGAACUUUGUCUCCAGGCAACAUAAGGAAUUCCUUCGUCUCCGGAGACGACAGAAGAGGCAGAAUAAGGAAGAAGAUGUUACUCGUGAAAGUCGUUUUAACUUCAGUGGUUAUGGGAUGGGUCACUGCCUCCAGGUGAAAGAUGGCGCUGCAGUCAAGGCUACACCUGUCAACCCACUUCCACAACCACCAAAAGAUGCAGAUGCCAUCAAAAAGAAGUUUGUGGAUCGGGCAAAAAGGAUUGACACCAUAUCGCGAGCUGCCUUCCCACUGGCCUUCCUCAUUUUCAACAUCUUUUACUGGAUCACAUACAAGAUCAUUCGGCAUGAAGAUGUCCACAAGAAAUAGAUGUGCCCUGUUGACCCUGGGACUGUCUUGCCUAAGUGUUGUGCUUGUAAAUACACAGUAUUAUUGUCUUUAUAUCACUCUGUCAGAGAAGAACAUUGAGGGAGGGGGGAGGGAGAUCAUGAGGGUGGGUUUUCUGGCACCUACAUGAAAAAAGACAAGUUCUAUAGGCAAUGAAGAAAACUGUACAAAAUUAUGGUGUUGCAGAAUCACAUGAGCAUAACUCUCAUCCAUAGUCUUUAGCAUUGUUCUUUGAGAUGACACAUCACUCAGACAUGAUGUGAAAGGUCAAGUUCUUGAGGGCUGAUUAUCUUAUGGUUUGAUUUGAUGAAUUCACGCAUAUACACACAAACACACACAAACGUACACACACCGUGAAAAUGCUUACCAUCUGACAACAGUGACUAGUCAAUAGUGAAUUGAGGACCAAACAUUUUCAGGAAAAUGCUGCCUCAUUUUUAAAACAAGCCUCCUGAGCUAUGAUCUUUACAACGUCUGUAAUUAGUGUUUCACCCAAGAAAUCCUUUUGUGGGUUGUAAAUUCUUUCUGCUUAUCCAGAAAACAACAACAAAAGAAACACAAAUGACAAAGAACAGAUUUCUACUCACUGUCUGUGUAGGUGUGCACUUUGAGAUGAGUUUUCUUUCCUAGAUGUAAAUUGGGGAUUUCAUUGUGUAUUGUCUAAUUGAUUUACUAAUAUACCCUCUUAAAACAAAUACUCAUUUUAUUUUAGAUCAAGUUAGCAUACUAUGUAUAUUUUUUUAACUUUGGCUAUAUUUAUGUGCAACUUUAAGUGCCCAAGUGUAACUUAACUAUUGCAGCUGCUCAGCCACAGUGUUAUGGAGAUGGUGUGUUUUAAAUGGUGUAGCUCAUAUUAGCUUGGACUUCCUAUUUCUGCCCUCUAUUUCUGCCCUCAUUGUAGCUGUAACUACAAGUCCUAAUGUUGACUGACCUGUAAUUUGUACUUUCAAUCCAAGUGAAUAUCGUUUUAAAUAUCCUUGAUUAACUUAAAAAAAUUAAAACUGUACUGUGAUUUUCAUAACCCGUUGCCUUUUUGGUACCAGAGCUACGUGGUUUGAAUCCUGGCUAAAUGUUUUAAGUAAGAAAAAGAUGUAUUUUUGCUUACUCAAAAGACAACCUGUAAAAAUAUAUGGAAAUAAUUACAUUUUACAUGUGCUGUAAAAGGGAUUAUUUUAAAAAAAAGCAUUUGUUCAAUUUCAAUAAAGAUAAGUGU